UGAUCAUAGUUUCAGUCUUACACCUUCACGUUUUAGCAAAGCAACACCACACUAUCCUUCUGGUGAAAUCAAAGUGUUUCCUUGUGAAAGUUAUUUAAGAUUGACGCCAAUCUCCCGUAGAUCUCACUGGGUCCGGUCAUUGUGUACAAAUUACAUAACCGUGUUGGGUUUGACUCUGAUGUGGCCAGAUUUUAUUUUGAUGGUUAAGCCAUCUAUGUUUUGUCACUUGCGUGAGAAUAGUUUAAUUGCUAUAUCAAAUACUAUACAAGAAAACAGUGAGUUUAGUGUCAGUACAUACGCGAUUUCGAAUAUCACCAAAACGUAAUCAACGGAACGUACACGAAAAGAAUCGUUCGCUCUGGAAGUUUUGUAGACAAGAACUGUGACUAGCUACUUUUUUUUUUUUUAACUUAUAUUUAAGCCAAGGACUGUUUUUUGAGAUAAGUGAAUACUGCAUUAAAGAAAUUAAAUUAAAGGAUGAACUUUAGGGGAAAGGCGUAAGUGCAGUUUUCCUAAAAGUUUCGAUUAGGAUCCGAAUGUCUUGAGACGUGGGAGGAUGACCUUGGAUGCAUCACGGAAAGCACAGGAAUGGACCGCAAGGGUUGGAAUGUCCUGUUGAUAUCCUCACGGUGGAGAUUACUCAUGUAUACAUGAAGGAUAUCCUACAUCUGUUCUGAGAAGUCUUUUCUUGUCUAUCUAUCUAGGAAAAAUUGAUUGAAAGACGGGGAGGGAUCGUAACCACAUAGGAGCUGAUAGACCAUGGUCUAAGAAAGACCAUGCUAUAGGCCUGCCUCUCCAAGGAAGAAAUUUAUAAGAAUCAGGGGAAACAGAUAAGCGAAGAGAGUACCAGAUCAUGAUAGUAGGAGCAGAGCAACAGUCACAACCCGGUGAUUACCGAUUUCCGCCGGGUAAUUGUGGGAAAAGUUGGAAUGAAAUAUCGCCUACAGAAGAGAGAGAGAGAGAGAGAGAGAGAGAGAGAGAGAGAGAGAUUCAAUCACUUAGAUGAAGGUGACAAACAGAGAGCACUUCUUUACACGAAUUUCGUUCCGAAAAGGAAAACGAAUAAGUAGAUAUGAAGAGAAAUUAAAAGUAUCACGAUAGAAACUUUGUGUUUUUCAGGGUAAGAUUUAGUCUUUUGAAAGCUUGAUUAAAACGCCAUUAAAUAUUCGAAAAUGAUGGCAAUAGGAAAAAAGCUAACAAGGUCAGAGCUAAUAUAUUUAAGCUAGAGUGUAUGCAGGACACAGGUGAUUUUAUUACAAAUUUUAUUAUCAGUACAGCUUUUAAAAUGUAUUUUCUCUAUUCUUAUCACCAGUUCAAUUAUAUCUCUUGAAUUUUUUCCUAUUCUUAUCACCAAAUCUAUUGAAUCUUGAAUUUUUUCCUAUUCUUAUCACCAAAUCUAUUGAAUUUUGAAUUUUUUCCUAUUCUUAUCACCAAAUCUAUUGAAUCUUGAAUUUUUUCCUAUUCUUAUCACCAAAUCUAUUGAAUCUCUUGAAUUUUACAUUUUAUAGAUCAAUACAUAAUUAGCUUUUCAAUGCAACGUCAGUUAGCAGUUGAAAUCAGCCAGGAUUGACGAAGUAGUUCAUUGCAACACUUUGUAUCACCGUUGCGUCUCUCCGGGAAGGGAGGAUAACUGCAGACACUAAGAACUUAAAAAAAGAACGAAAACUUGUGUAUCAAAUUCUGAUUUAAUCAUCUACUGAACACCGAUUUCAGAAUAGAUCAGUCACGCUGACGGAGUGCAUUCAGAUAUGUGGGUACUUGCGUUUCUGCUGUUUGUCGACAGAGGCCUAUCUGCCGACGCCUUGGAAUGUAGUUACAACGAGAUUGCCUGUGCCAAAGACGAGACGUGCAUUGUCCAGGACUACAUUUGCGACGACAGUUACGACUGCAACGACGAAUCCGACGAAGAUAAGGAGCUUUGUGGCGUUUGGAGAAACGAUCGCUGCCCAGUGAAAUCUGCUUUGUGCAUCAGAAACGGCAAUGAAUCUUGUGUGGAAAUAUCGGAAUAUUGUAGCACGGCCAAUCCGCCUUGCGAAGGCAACGUGGACCGGCGAAUAUGCUCGAUGCUCAGGAGAGGAAGGCUUCUAGAUCUCAAUAGUUUUAGAGCAGGGUGGAAUUGGAACAUGUCAGAACAAUUGGGCGAAGCAUUCCGGGAGGUUAUUCCUUUCACGAUAUCACACGAGAAGUGUCCCCUGAUGUAUACACUUGUCGGAGAAUCGUGCGUCUCCAUCUUCCUUAUUGGCAAUGACUGGAGAGGAGUUUCUGGAUCGGGGGUUCACUCCAAAAUGCCAGCAAGGGUUGGACGUGGAUUGAUGGCUCUCCUAUGGUCAUGGGAACGCCAUUUUGGGCUACAACGUACAGUCCUGACUGUGGUGCAGUGGAAACGGAGGAAGUUUGCCGCCGCUACCGCCAGAGACCAGAGGAGCCCGCCGCGGGCAACUGCGCCAGCCUCUCUCUCGAGCACUUCUUCUACAUCACAGACGAAGACUGUCUGGAUCGGAGGAGCCCUCUCUGCGUCUCCCGCUCAAAACCUUCGUCAGGACGCGGCCAUCUCCAGAAUUAGGGUGAGGCCACACCAGAUGCGGGAAGUGUGGAGGUUGGAGGGAAGAGGUUCCCGCGGCAGUUUGAAUCAUUGGGUAUCUUAUGCGGGUGGCCACACAAGACUAGCGGGACGGCUCGACCCUCUGCAGUUGCCGCCAAGCGAUCAUCGAUGUAACAUGUUCUAAAAUACAGCGGAGGUUCCCGGCGUCUUCACCCGAAACAACCCCAUUUUCUAUAUGAUUAGGGAGGGACUAUGUUACUUGAAUGGUUACGUACUUCCCUUAAUUGAUUAUAUUGAUAACUAUAUUGUGAAGUUAGUUCCCUUAUUAAGGAACUUUCAUUUGUAACCUAGAAAUUGUUUAAAGCAUAUUAUAAUUGUUAAGUAACUGAUAUGAGCAUAGAAACUCAAGUUUUAAGCUACUCCAUUUAUUAUCUAUUCUAUUAUCUAUUCAGUAGAAUAUCGAGUUAAUUAUUCCAUAUCUGUAAUGCAUGCUUAAAUUAGCAGUUAUUUCAGCACCUCUCAUUUGUACUUCCAGAAUGCGUUCAAUGUUGUUCUCAAUAAAGUCAAACAACUAGACCGAGUUUUUAUAUGGUCUAAAUACUCUCCCAGGGGAUGAGUUCAUCAUUGAAUUUAAAGUGAAUAUAAGAAAAGGACCACACUACAUAAAUAGACCCUCCGACUUGACAUGGUCACUAAUGUGCAGAUGAACUGGCAAUCAGUGGCCGAAGUGUCACCUGUUCAGCGGUAGUGGCUACGUAAGAAUAAUUUAAUUGGGGAGGUGUUUCGGAAGAGAGCUUUGUGGGAUCCCUGUGAUCCAUUCCAGAAAAUUACUAUUUUUUAAGAAAUGGAAGAAGAGUAGAACGAGUGGCCCUCAGAUGUAGCCAUCGGUGUCAUGCAUUCGACCCCCAAAAACUUAAAGGUGCCAACUAUUAUGCAGUCAGCCACUCACAAAUAAUCCUUGUCCAGCUGCAUAGACUUGAUAACUAUACGAAUCCUCAGUGCAGCAGUAUCACUGAUUUAUGAAAUAUUCGUGGAACUUUGUACUUUCUUUAUUAAUGUUAACAAUGAAUGUAGAAGCAAAACUGAUUUUUUCUUGUUACUUUCUUUUAUGUAAAGUUUAUCAUUGAACUACUUUUGUUUUAAAUACCGGUAAAUCGUUUUAUUUCAACAUAAUUCAGAUGAUUAUCAAUUACGUCUUAUAUAAUUUGCAAUUAAUUCUCGCUCCUUUGUUUUUCUAAGUAUCUUUAAAGAAGUAACCCUAUAUGCUGUUAGUUUUGCAACCAUAAAAAGUUAAAAUCCACAUUUUCUUUUCACUUCCCCUAAAGUAAUAACUAUAAAGGAAGUAAAAAAAAAAAAAUGGAUUUUAACCUUUUAUUAUCACAAAAUUCACUGCCAAGCAAACAACCAAAAGACCGUUGGGUCAUACGUAGUCUCUCGUCAAGUUUGACACUUACGAUUUCUAUUAAAAGCAAUUUCCUAUCCAAACGUUACUUUGCACAGAAGUAUAUCUUUGACUACUGAGAGUGACGCGUGGGAGGGAGGGAGGGAGGGUGGCGUUUCUGGUGUGGCCAUGUGUUGUUUUGACGCUGUUCUCCCGCCAGAGACGUGCCUGCACCUCGACGCUUCCUGCGACCGGUGUGGCCUUAGCCUUAGGGCGUCUUUCAUUGGUCACUUCCCAGUUAUUCUCCUUAUUUUGACCGUCUCGGAUCUGAGCCUCUUUUAUUGUUUAUUUCUCGCUUGUUGUUGUUGUUCUUCUUGUCUUUUUCUGUGGGAGAUGGCGAUGCAGGUUCGUGACCUUCCGACUCUCUAUAUGAGAGUGACUGAUUAAUUACAGUUUUUCUGGGGUCACAGUAACAAAGGUUAUUGACGCCUUUGUUCUUUGGG